AUGCCAUGGGAAUGGCCCUUGUAUCAAAGAAUCAAGAGCUAUUCCAUAACGCCUAAUGUGGAGAAAAAGAAGUCGGUAUUUUCAAGCAAAACUCUCAGAUGCGUAUACUGGCAUAUCCCAGCAAUCAUAUCAUGCCUCGGCACAGGGGUACUGUUCUUCCUGAACUUUUCUGAGUACUCCAUUGGCGCAGAAGUCGGCAAGACCACGCGGCAGACCAGAAACAUCAUUGGGGCGUUACAGCUAGCAGCAAAGCUCCACGAGAUGAUCAUCAUUAGCAGUCUGGCAAACAUUGCAAGGCAGUGGAUCCAGUUGUGUCUGAUGAACAAUGGCACACUACUGGGGCUCUUGGGUUCCGAGACCCUAUUCUACAACCUUUCACUACUAACCUCACGUGAGUUUUGGGUGGGCGCACGCUAUUGCCUCUCUGGGCUGCGAGGAGGUCCUAGUAGGGGGAGUGGGUGGAGGGGCAAAUCUGAGCCCCCCAGUGAGCAGCAGCGAUUAAGAAGGAGCUUAACACCCCUCUUAGCCUUUUUCUUCGUGGGCUGCCUUUUAUGCUCAUUGUCGGGGCCAGCCAGCGCAGUGCUGAUGACACCCCGCCAGGACUGGUUUUACCAAACAAGCUUAACGAUCAAUAGCACUCACAAGCGCCUCGAUAUAUUGGUACCGGGGCACCAACCACAUAUCCUAAUUGAUUGGUAUCUUAGUUAUGAUACUUAUCUCGAUAGUUCAGAUCCUUCAACGCUAAAUUAUACAUCAUACGAUCCCAUGCAGAAUUAUUCCACAUCUUACUAUCGCCCCGAGGAGUAUUGGCACGGCCUGGAUGGGGCGACGCUCUCAAGGGAAAACUCGAAUCAUAGGUUUUAUGAUGGCUCUAGCUGGAUUUCGGUCAAUACCUCCACCGUCCUGGACCGUGAUAUUUUCAACUGGACCGGCAACGGCGGUACCACGUUCACUGGACUGAUGUAUGGCGAUAGGAUUGGCGCUUAUAAAUCGGCUCAGCUCCAUAGGACAACGAACCAAACCUGUGCCACUUGUCGAGGUGCAGAUGACAAGUUUGUCGUAGACCUCACAGGAAUCGAAUCGUACACAGUGUGCCGGGCCAGAGAGAAGCAGACCUGCGAUAUUUCGCGCCGGAGUGAUAAUACCUCGCGACCAGAAUGGUGCUAUCAGGAUACUGUUCCGGGAAGCUUGGAUGGCGAGCUGAGGAGCAACCAGGACUUGAUACCUCUGUUCCAGGUCACCCUGGAUUCGAGCGACCCCCUGAAUGUUACGGUCUGGAUGACAGAAGGGCGACCGUUGCUAAGGAAGGAGCUCUUCAGUGAUUCGAUGAUAACGUUAUUGGAGUUUUCACUCGAAGAUGAUAGCGAUGAACAUAUCUUACUUGUCUGCUCGACGUCUGCCAUGCUCAAGACAGCUACAGCCUCUUCGAGCGGCUGGUCGGUCGACCUAGAAUUUAGCCCAGAUUGGACUAUUUUCCACGACUAUCUCUCAUAUUAUGAAAACGGUGCUAUCGAAAAGGCACCACCAAAACGUCUUUUGUAUCAUAAAAAUUGGCUCGACUCAAUGGUUGAACCUGGUUGGGAUAAAGACCUUCGCAGCAGGCGGCCGCCUCGUGUCGCCCCUCUUCCCACAGGACCACAGAGGACAUACACCCCCCGUGCCCAAUUACAGCCAACGAAUGAUACAAGCAGUCCACUAGGUGCAUACGCACAAGGCCUCAUCAGUAAUUACAAGUUUGGCAAGGAUAGUAGUGCCUUUGACGAGUAUAUUCACCCGAUUGAGCUACUUGUCGGCGGCUCAUAUCUCUCAUUUCUACUUUUCAUGCCACAUUCUUCAACGCAAUAUACGGGAAUACCCACUCAUACCCGCGAUGGCGGCCCGAUUCUGCCAGAUUAUCUGAUGCCAGAACCCAUAUUAGAUUACACAAAGUUCACUUACCCGCCUAUAAGCGCCAAUUAUUACGUCUACGGGUUCCGUAUAUCAACCCGCACAGGCAUCUUUGGAGUUGUAAUACUCUCGACCCAUGUUUUCUUAGUUCUGUUGGGAUCUAUAUGGCAAUGUUAUCGGGGCACUAUCAUUCAGUCCUGGAAGUCAAUACCGGAGUAUGCCACGCUAUGCCUGGGCAGCGAUCCUACUACCGAUGUUGUCGAAAAUACUUGUGCUGGUAUCAGCCUAGACGAGACCUUGAGCAAGGUCAUCAAGAUUAGAGAUACGGGAGGAGAGCACCUGGAGCUUGUGGUUCUCGCACCCGGGGAUGCGGCGAAGGGAUCGGUUGUUGACACGGAUGAGCAAUACGGAUACCUUGGGCGCAAAAGAUUAAGACGUAAUCGGAAAAAGAAGAAGAGAAGCUGA